GGCCGGCCCGCGGCCCAAUGGCGGCGGCGCGCGGGCACGCUGGGGGCGGGCCCGGCGCGCCCGACUGUUCCAGAAGGCCCGGAUAGCGCCUCCUAGCCACGCUGAACCGGCUCAGGGCUUUUCGCCACGCCGCGUCCCCUUAUCUUCCUCUGUUGGGUCAGCUAUGGCGGCCGUGAAGACCCUGAACCCCAAGGCCGAGGUGGCCCGAGCCCAGGCGGCGUUGGCGGUCAACAUCAGCGCGGCCCGGGGGCUGCAGGACGUGCUGAGAACCAACUUGGGGCCUAAGGGCACCAUGAAGAUGCUUGUUUCUGGUGCUGGAGACAUCAAACUCACUAAAGAUGGAAAUGUGCUGCUUCAUGAAAUGCAAAUUCAGCACCCAACAGCCUCCUUAAUAGCCAAAGUAGCAACAGCCCAGGAUGACAUAACCGGUGAUGGUACCACUUCCAACGUCCUCAUCAUUGGAGAGCUGCUGAAGCAGGCGGAUCUCUACAUUUCUGAAGGUCUUCAUCCCAGAAUAAUUACAGAAGGAUUUGAAGCUGCAAAGGAAAAGGCACUUCAGUUUUUGGAACAAGUCAAAGUAAGCAAAGAGAUGGACAGGGAAACACUUAUAGACGUGGCCAGAACAUCUCUACGAACUAAAGUUCAUGCUGAACUUGCUGAUGUCUUAACAGAGGCCGUAGUGGACUCCAUUUUGGCCAUUAAAAAACAAGAUGAACCUAUUGACCUCUUCAUGGUUGAGAUCAUGGAGAUGAAACAUAAAUCUGAAACAGAUACAAGCUUAAUCAGAGGCCUUGUUUUGGACCAUGGGGCACGGCAUCCUGAUAUGAAGAAGAGAGUAGAAGAUGCAUACAUUCUCACUUGCAACGUGUCAUUAGAAUAUGAAAAAACAGAAGUGAAUUCUGGCUUUUUUUACAAGAGUGCAGAGGAGAGAGAGAAGUUAGUGAAAGCUGAAAGGAAAUUCAUCGAGGACAGAGUUAAAAAAAUAAUCGACCUGAAAAAGAAAGUCUGUGGUGAUUCAGAUAAAGGAUUUGUUGUUAUUAAUCAAAAGGGAAUUGAUCCCUUUUCCUUAGACGCUCUUGCCAAAGAAGGCAUUAUAGCUCUGCGCAGAGCUAAAAGGAGAAACAUGGAAAGGCUGACUCUUGCUUGUGGUGGGAUAGCCCUAAAUUCUCUUGAUGACCUGAAUCCUGAUUGUUUGGGACAUGCAGGACUUGUCUAUGAAUAUACAUUGGGAGAAGAGAAGUUCACCUUUAUUGAGAAAUGUAACAAUCCUCGCUCUGUCACGUUAUUGAUCAAAGGACCAAAUAAGCACACGCUUACUCAAAUCAAAGAUGCAAUAAGAGAUGGCUUGAGGGCGGUUAAAAAUGCUAUUGAUGAUGGCUGUGUAGUCCCAGGUGCUGGUGCAGUGGAAGUGGCGAUGGCAGAAGCCCUGGUUAAAUACAAGCCCAGUGUAAAGGGCAGGGCCCAGCUUGGAGUUCAAGCAUUUGCUGAUGCAUUGCUCAUUAUUCCCAAGGUUCUUGCUCAGAAUUCUGGUUUUGACCUUCAGGAAACACUAGUUAAAGUUCAAGCAGAACAUUCAGAAUCCGGUCAGCUUGUGGGUGUGGACUUGAACACUGGUGAACCAAUGGUAGCAGCAGAAGCAGGCAUAUGGGAUAACUAUUGUGUAAAGAAACAGCUUCUUCACUCCUGCACUGUGAUUGCCACCAACAUUCUCCUGGUUGAUGAGAUCAUGAGAGCUGGAAUGUCUUCUCUAAAGGGUUGAAUUGAAGCUUCCCUUGUAUCUGAAUCCUGAAGACUACAGAGUGAUCCUAAUAAUACAGCUAUGGAAUUUUGGUCCAAGCUUCAAAUGAUCUUCAAAGGAUUUUCUUUUCCCAUAUUAAAAGAGAGAACACUGGCACCUAUUCAGAUUCUGAAGUUCUGAAAUUAUUACAGUAUUUUUAAAAUUGCACUGCAGGGUCCACAGACAGCAAGUCAUACUUAUGCAGUAAACAGGACAUUUUGCUUUACCCUCAGUGAUAUAAAAAUAUUAGAUAAGCAUAUGUUAUCUACCUUGUUAUUAAAUAAUCAUUGAAAAACAUUUUAAUAGUAAUAAUUUCUUCCAAUGGAUGUAUUUUAUUUCCAGUAGUUCCCUGUCACUAAGCAUAAGACUUAAAUAACAUAAAGUUUUGAAGCAUUCCUGCUUCCCGAGCAUACUUUGGACUUUUCAUGCUUUUAAAGUAGCUUUGCUAAAAUGCUUCCCAGAAGUAUUAUGUUAUCGAGAGUAGAAAGAUGGAACCAGAGGCAAGAGGGGUUGAAAGAGAUCAAAGUAUCAAGUGGCAAAAUAGAAAAGGCAGAGGAUAAAAAACAUGACUGAAGAUACGGUGACUAAGGACUAGUGAGAUGGGUUUUCUGGCAAGGUGGUUAUUUUCACAGGUCAGAACCUUUGCUUAUAGUGAUACCCUUCCUAAAUCCUCUAGUGUCCUGUUUUGCUUAACUGUUCUACAUGUUACUGUUCUACAUGUCUACUGCACAAAAUACAGUAGGUAUAUCCGAAGCCCUUGAAAGUGAAGUUGUGUUGCUAAACUGUGUUUUGAGGAGUUGGCAGUUGCCUACAGUGAGUGUGUAAUAAAUAUGAAGUUAAAACCUUU